AUGUUUGAGGCUAGAAAGCAUUGGAUCCCUGCGUAUUUUAGAGAUGGCUUUAUGGGAGGACUACUCAGGACAACUUCUCGUUCCGAAAGUGAGAACUACACGUACAGCCGUUUUACUGGUCCCCAAUCAAGCCUAGUUGAAUUCAUGAUGAACUUUGACAGUGCUCUUAAAUCACAACGUAACACAAAUGCAAAGCUCAACAGUGACAACGAAGGCUACAAUCCAGAUAUGAAGACGCCUCUGGGGAUUGAAAAGCACGCUUCAAUUGUCUACACCAUUACUGUUUUCUAUCAAGUUCAGGAAGAAAUAUGUGCCUCCUGUUUCAAAUGUAUGGUGUUGAGUGUUAGAGAAAACAGUGGAAUGUUGCACUAUGAUAUUAUGGAUGGAAAGAACAAAAGAUUUACUGUGGUGCACAAUGUAAAUGACCAUGAGGCCAAAUGCAGUUGCAAGAUGUUUGAGAUGGUUGGACUGUUGUGUAGACACAUAUUUGUGGUCUUUAAAGACCUUGAAAGGAUCCCUCUGAAGUACGUGGUUAAUCGGUGGACUAAGGAUGCGUCUUUAAAAGCUACAUUUGAAAUAGAUGGUGUGAUUUACGAUAAGAAUGGACCAAAGGAUGAAAAGAAGAUGUUGCUGAACAAAGUGUGGUCUGAUAUACAGUGUUGUAUGGAUCUGGCAGGUUCAAUCAUGGAGCAAUUGACUGCAUUUUCCCAAGUGAUUAAUGAACAGAAACAGUUGCUACUGUCAGGAAAGGAGAAAUUGUCCCCUCAGCACAGCAGGAGGACUGUUAUAGAAUCAUAUUGUGGAUCAACCAAAAUUUCAGAGAUCAACAUACUUCCACCGAAACAUGCAAAGAACAAGGGCAGCGGCAAGCGUAUCAAAAGCAGCAAGGAGUUGGCAAUGGAAAAAGAAGAGGGCAGGAGGUGCAAUUUUUGUGGUGUUAGAGGAGAUCACCAUGACACCAGGACUUGCCCACUUAACCCCAAAAAUAAGGACAAGCAAAAGGGUAAGAAAAAGACAUAG